UACAUGUAUAUAAACACUUCUACCAGACUAUUAUUGUAAGGCACGUGUUGAAGUUGCUUGAAAAUUCCUUUUUUCGGCUCACUCAGAGAUGAUAUAAACCAUGGAAGUAUGUGUUGACUCAGUACGGUCUGCAACUGCUGCAGAAAGGGGUGGAGCAACAAGAAUUGAAUUAUGUGCAGGUCUUUCCGAAGGAGGCACCACAGCAAGUCUCGGGUUGCUACGCAUCGUGAAAGCUGUGACCACAUUACCUGUGUUUGCUCUGAUUCGGCCGCGAGCAGGUGACUUCCUGUAUGAUCCCGAAGAGCUUGAAGUCAUGAGAGAAGACAUCCAACUUUGCAAAGAGAAUGGUGCCGAUGGCAUUGUGUUUGGCGCCCUCACAAGCUCUGGGAGCAUUGAUACAGAAGUUUGCAAAGAAUUCAUCGGAAUUUUCCAAAUUAAUAGGCACCUCAUGUCUCCAAUCCUUCCAGCCUUUGAUAUGUGCCGCGAUCCCCAUGCUUCACUGGAAGUCCUGAUUUCUUUGGGGUUCGAGAGGGUUCUGACCAGUGGCCAAGAGUCAUCUGCUUUGGAGGGACUUCCCCUCAUCCGAGAGCUGAUCCAAAUAGCCAACAACCGAAUCACUGUUAUGCCAGGUGGAGCAAUCAAUGCUAGAAAUCUGGACCGCAUUUUGACUGGGUCAGGCGCCAAAGAAUUUCACUGCUCAGCACGUAGCAUCCAGGAUUCACUGAUGGUUCACAAGAACAGCAGGGUGACCAUGGGUGCACAGCUAGCAGCUCCCGAAUUCAGCCUCAAAUUUGCCAAUGAGGAGCUUAUCAGGACAUUGAAGGACAUCCAGGCAGCUGUCUAGAUCAAGGAUGGGUACUGACUCUCAAUUCCAGAAGCUGUCUUGUUUCCUUAAUCUCAUUUGUUAGACGGACUGAAAUCUAAGUUGACCUGACCACCAAGAACCAUGAUGAGUCGACAGGCGUAGUUACAUUUUGGUUUGCUUUAAAGACUUUAACAGAGUUUCCAAAAUUAGAGUAGCUUUUUGUACUUAAUUGAGUUACAUGUAUUUGGUGUAUCUUGACCGAGCUUAGCUUUUUCCUGACUUGUGUCUUUUGUAAAAACUUUAACAGCAAUCCAAGAUUUAUUGCAUUCAUUUCUUCCAUACAUGGAGCUUUUUUUAAAUGACAAAGAUAUUAUAUCAGUGCCAAAACUUUGCACACAGUUGAUUUAAAAUUUUGUCCUUUGAGGUGUUACUUAUUUCUGCCCAUUUCUUCUUGCUUGUUUGUGUUUAAUCAAAAUUGUCAAUGAGGUUUUUAAAAAUGUCAGUUGGACGUAUAUGCUUGGAAACUGGGUUGGCACAGCAAUGCACUCGCAAGCAGAAAGGGCGUGGCCAAAGAUAAGUUACCACAGGCAAUAGACCUAAAUAUGACGUCACGUCUUGUUUGCAUAUGCACUUACCUAUGACAGUGAAGCUGGGACGAGCCCCAUAAGAAAGGGCACGUGUAAACAACACGUGUCGUGAUUAUGUUUCUAAGUCUAUUGACACUGGUCUAAUGGAAGUCGGAUCUAGCGAUAUGCAAAAACUGCAUUUAUCCCUGACGUAGAAUUCGGAGCAAAAAGUCUAUUUUCAUUGACCUGGAGCGUCUCCAAUCGUCUAGAUCGGGAUCCAAGUCAAAGAACUUGCAAUAAAAUGUCGGGUAUGUCGCCAAUUACCUUCGGCGUUUGAGGUGAUUCCAAAGGUUGGGAUCAUCUAAUCUAUCAUUCAGCACCCUACACUUUGACUGGACUGAAGUACAAUAAAAGUAACUUUCUAAAACAAAAAUGAA